UUUUCCGUCAAAUAGUGUUUGGCGCGCUGGCUGAUAAGCACAGGCGGUUGAUCACGAUGAAAUUAUUUUUUUUAGUUGCACGACAGAUAUCUUACAUUCCUCACGUGCCUGAGUGGUUUAAUUUAAUCAUCUUCAUUUGCAAGUUGUAACGAAAAUGAGUAGUGUCGAAUUGGCCAAUAAUAGAAGAAUGGCACGACAGAAUGGGAUCGUCCAACCUUUACUUACUGAUCUUUACCAAAUCACCAUGGCCUAUGCUUACUGGAAGUCCGACAAAAUAAAUGAUGUGGCAGUAUUUGAUUUAUUUUUCCGCAAUAAUCCAUUCCAAGGAGAAUUUACCAUAUUUGCUGGACUUGAGGAGUGUCUCAAGUUUAUGGAGAAUUUUCAUUAUUCUGACAGUGAUAUUGAAUAUUUGAUGGCAACUCUUCCCGAGAAUAUUGAGCCAGAGUUUUAUGCAUAUUUGAGGGAUCUAACAUGCAAGGAUAUCAAGUUGAGUGCUAUUGAAGAAGGAUCUGUAGUUUUCCCAAGAGUGCCCCUAUUAAGAGUUGAAGGACCUCUAAUUAUUGCCCAGUUGUUGGAGACGACCUUAUUAACCCUGGUUAACUUUGCAAGCUUGAUGGCGACUAACGCCGCUCGGUAUCGGAUGGUGGCCGGGAAAAAUGUUUCUUUACUGGAAUUCGGACUAAGAAGAGCGCAAGGCCCCGACGGAGGGCUAUCCGCUUCUAAAUAUGCAUAUAUCGGUGGUUUUGACGGCACCAGCAACGUGCUGGCUGGCAAGAUGUUCAACAUCCCAGUGAAAGGGACGCACGCCCACUCAUUCGUGACGUCAUUCAGCACUCUAUCCGACGUCUCCUCAGUCGUACUGCGUCACGCAGACACAGACAAACAGUGCAAUCUGCUAGAUCUCGCCACGGAAUGGCGCAAACGCGUCUCACCGAUCAUGGACGUGUCCACAGAAGAGGCGAGCGACGGUGAACUAGCCGCCCUCAUAUCCUAUGCCCUUGCCUUUCCGUCAGGAUUUCUGGCUUUAGUGGAUACGUAUGAUGUCAAGAGGUAUAACUUUCAAGGCUUACCGUCACGACACAGGCAGCAUAUGAAUGGGCAUUCUGGCUACAAUAGCAACUGUGGAUCCAAUGGUUCUAGAAUACAAAACUCACAUAGUACAUAUGGAUAUAGCACGGUCGAACGCACACUGAGGAGUGGGCUUCUAAACUUUUGUGCCGUGGCACUAGCGCUAAACGAUUGCGGGUACCGCGCGGUCGGUAUCCGCAUAGAUAGCGGGGACUUGGCAUACCUCUCCGUGCUAGCCCGGGACACGUUUGCCAAGGUCGGCGAAGCGCUCAAGUUGCCAUGGUUCUCCACACUGACUAUCGUAGCUUCUAACGAUAUAAAUGAGGAUACUAUACUGAGUCUGAAUGAGCAAGGUCACAAAAUCGACUGUUUCGGCAUUGGAACGCAUUUGGUGACUUGUCAACGCCAGCCCGCACUCGGCUGCGUCUACAAACUGGUGGAAAUCAAUGGACAGCCAAGAAUUAAGCUCAGUCAAGAUGUAGGCAAAGUUACCAUUCCGGGUCACAAAGAGGCAUACAGACUGUUCGGAGCGGACGGACACGCGCUCAUCGAUCUGCUCCAGCGCUCCUCGGAGCCGCCGCCCGCGGUCGGCCAGAAGGUGCUCUGCCGGCAUCCCUUCCAGGAGUCCAAGCGGGCCUACGUAAUACCGAGCAAAGUGGAACAUCUUUAUAAGGUGUGCUGGAAAGACGGCAGGAUCUGCUACCCACCGAAGCCGUUGUCCGAGGUACGCCAGCGCGUGCAGUCGUCUCUGCGGACGCUCAGACAGGACAUCAAGCGGAAUUUGAACCCUACCCCAUACAAGGUGGCGGUGAGCGAUGACCUCUACAACUUCAUUCACGACUUGUGGCUGCAGAACGCGCCCAUCGGGGAGCUCUCCUGAAAUUAGCACUUCUCUUACCCACUCAUAAUCACCAAUGUUGCAUGUUUUCUUUCCUAAAAUUUACCCAUUUGGUAAGCUAAUUGCUUGAUUUUCGUGCGGCCAUUAGAGCACUAGUAAAAAAAAACAUUUUAUUAACACCUCAACUCCUACCGUCGCGAUAUCUGGUUGGCAGAACAGUUGCCUCUGUUGCUCACCCUCACGCAUACAAAAGGUAGAAGCGCUGGGAGAUGAGGGGUUGAUAAUAAUUAUAUGUACUUAGCAUAAGAUCACUAUUGUAUUUAUUAAUGAAGAGAUACUAGUCACAAAUAAAAUUAGUCAAAAUUCAAAAUCAAAGAAACUUUUGCAAUAUGUUUAUAACAUAAAUAUAAUAACAAUCAACCAGUGUAUUGAUAAGCAAUCUACAAAAACACUUUUACAAGAUUUGUUAUAUUUAUAUGAAUGGUAAGCAUAAGGAUAGUCAUGAAAAUAUUUGCUAACAGAUAUAAUAUAUGCUUUAGAUUGUAAGUAGUAAUAAUACCACGAAAAGUUAAGUACAUUAAUGUAAUGUGGAUUACAGCCCAGAGAAUGAUUUAAAACCCUGUAGUCAUUUGUAGGGUAUAACAGCACUCUUGACUCUGGAGUGUUUAUUUUUCCAAUUUAGAGGAACACAAUGUACAAAACAUGUAUUUAUAUUUUAUUCCAUAUAGUUAUGUAGGCUGCUCCAUUUACAAAAUAGUGAGUAAAUCACUAAAUGCUGAUUAUAACUAAUUUUUUUACUAUAUGUGUUUUUUUAUACGUUCACAAUUUUUUAGGUCACAACCCGCUAUGUUUAUAAACGUACGAAUUAUGUGUACUUUAUGAAGUGCAUUAAUUGUAUUGAUUAAUCACGAUAUACAUUUUACAUAUUUUUUGUGCAAUUUCAAGUGCAAGCAUAUAUUGUAUGAUUGCGAAAUGUGCUUAUUUUGUACCUACAUAUAUUUUUAUAUGGUUGAUGGAAUUGAGUAAGCAGGAUGCUAACACUCGUACACCAUGAACACAAAAUGUCACCCUAAACAUGAAUUCCUGUGAGAUAUCUAGGACCAAGAUGCAUACAUCUGUCAUGUACUUCUAAAUGGACAAAUAACUUAAUUAUACCACAUAAUAAAAAAUAGUAUUUCAUACUCACACCGUCUAACAAAACCAAUAUUUGGCAGCAUAAGAUGGUUAAUGAUAUAGAUUGAGUGAUAUACCACUGGCCAUACCUUUGUGAUAAGCGUAUAGUGCAAAGCUUGUUUCAUUUUUUAAAGUUAUGGAAACAAAAAAUUUGUUUGCUCAGUUUACAAUUAAUUAAGUGACAUUUUACUUGACGUAAAAGUCGAGCAAUGAACACUUAUUGUGAAUUUAGCCAAUCAAUGCGAGGUUAAAUACCUAUGUAUUUUUAUCUAAACGAAAUUAAUUUAAUUUUCUGCUGUAUCCUAUUAGACUAAAAAGUAAUUUUAGAUAAUUUAACUAAAUACAAAUUGUCAGGCCCCAAAUUAAUAAUUAUUGUUAUGAAUCUAUUAAGAUAACAUUAAUUACUUUUACUAUGAUGCAAAAAAUCCCAGAAAGUUUUAGAAACCAUAAACAUCGAUUAAUAUUUAUUGUUUGUAUAUUAUGAUGAAAUAAAUUAAGCGGUAUGUAGUACCUAUACCUAUGGGUGGUAUUUCCAUUUGUCCAAUAUCUUGGUCCAAUGUGUAUUUGCAUCUCCGCGAAUGAGACGUUGCACAAAAAAAUGCACAUUGGACAAAGAAAUUGUACAGGUGGAAUACAACCCUAUAGUAAUUAACGUAUAAGUAGUGGUGACACCACAUGCUACAAUUCAAAAUUAUAUCUAGUUUCUUAUCAUGUCACUUAAAUUAUAAAGAAAUGGAACAAAUGAGUAAAAUAGGUAAUCUGUAUUCCCCACAGACUUGAAUAUACCCUAGAUGACGCAAAUGCAUGUACUUCGCGUGUCCGAACUCUGACCAAGCGUCGAGGUUGGCCGUCGCUAUUGACAGUCCACGCACGUCAGUAGUUGCAGUCGAUAGUCCGUAAAAAAUUAAAAAAAGCCUCGUUGCGUGAUAAUUAACUGCAACAGCCCAAAUAUUGCAAGCACCCAAGGGCAAGGACAUAUUUCCUAUCACAGGUAAGUAAUUUUAAAAUGAUAUUAUGCGUGAAUUCAUUUUAAACAAUUUUUUUAAGUAUUCCAGGCGGCUUAGCACGGUCGCGUUUUUAUCCCUUGUCACCAUGCCUGUCACGUUCUAACAAGUACGUAAGUGCGAAAUGGACGCGCAUAGUGAUAGACGAUAAAAAUGAAACCGUGCUGCGCCCACAGGUUGUGUUUCCAAUAAUGUACCUAAGUAACUACAGAUUAACGUUACAAAACUAUGUUUACAUUACAUUGCGCGUUUGCUUUGAGCGUUUGAUCUGACAUUGUGUGUUAAAGAGUCGAUGAAUAUCGGAACAGCGAUACUGUCGCGCAUAGUACUUCGUGGUACAGCCCAUUUAUCAUUCGUCUGUCAAAUUUAGCGACUAGUGUUGUUCGGUCUACCGAUCGUUUCUAAUAAUCGAUUUUAAUCGAUAUCGGACAUAUGAAUGAUAUUACCUAUUCAAAAAAACUAUUAGUAGUUGUUAUUGAUAAAAAAAAAUCAUGUGCUAAUUUUACGACACUUUUAAAAGGAAGGGUUAUUUAACCACAUACUAUUAUAUAUCUGCCUAUACGUUUAGUAGGGUUAUAAAUUUCUAUUGUGUUAAAAAAACUUUCAAUACUUUUGUUUUCCACAUGAUCCAGUCAUAGAUUUUGAAAAUACCAGUUUCAUUGAAGGGAAAAGUUGGGAAGUAGGUCAUUCGUCUGUUUUUAUCAUUGGUCUGUCUUUAUCAUUCAUCUGUCAGAAAAUCGAUGUCAUUCAUGACAAUUAAUAAUCGAUUUGUGAUUUUUGGCGUCGUUCGCAGGGUAGCGGGGAGUGAGCAAGCGAGACCACAGAUAUAAAAUCUAUGAGUAUGAGCAAGACAGUUGAAUCGUAGCGGGGCAGAGGGGUAUUGAUGUCUUUGAAUCGGUUAGGAUUUCCCAUCACUAAAUUGCGGCUGUGACGUCACAGUAGGUGGUAAAAAGUCGGCACGCUUGGUUUCAAUACAAAUCGUGAUAUUUGCUUCAUCUAGGGUAUAUUUAAGUCUGUGGUAUUCCCAAUGUAUGAACACUAUUCUGUCAGAUAAGUAAAUAACAAGGACAGGGGCCCGUUUCUCAUAAGCUUGUAACUUGUAAUACAAGUGGAAGUCCCUUUCUAACAUAAGCUGUCAAAAAGUGACAUCCGCUUGUUUUACAAGUUACAAGCUUUUGAGAAACGGGCCCCAGGUAGUCUCAGUAUACAGUUGCGAUCUUCAGUAUUGAUGAUGACAAACACUGUCAUAAUGACGUGGCUCUCAUGAUAUUUAUAGAUGGCGCUACACACGUUAAAAAUGCAUACAUAAUGUGACUGAGGUUUCUGUGAGACGCUACAUAGAUCAUCACAACUGACCUGCUAGCAUGAGUUGCGUUUUUGCAACGGUUCGUUGCGACUGCAAGUAUGGAUUCGUGAGCGAGAACGGAACUCAUGCUAGCCGGUCUGGGGAACACAACUAGAAAAUCCAUUGACACAGAAAUUGAAAUAUUACGUGAGUUACCAUUAUAAAAAUAUUUGAUCACAACUUUGUAUAAGUAUACUGAUUUUCAGUCUUUAUUAAUUAUUUGUCUCUUCUUAUUUGUAUGUACCACGGCAAUAAAAGAACGCACUGGCCUAUAUCAAGAACAUAAUUUAUGUGCCUUCAAAACAAAGCAUUAUAAUGUAAGUGAUCAAUGCACACAUUUUUAUGAAUAAUUGUAAGCUAUAAAUGUUGUAAUAGAGAUAUCUAUUUAAUUUUGUUAAAUACAUAAUAGUAUGAGUUUUAUU